GUUUGCGCGUUCGUCAACCCCGAAGAUAAGGCGGGAGGUGAAGGUUGAGGUUUGGGGAGAAUGGUGAGGAAGAGGGAGUAAGCGAUGUCGGCAGCUGGUCGAACGAGAAAGGGAAAAAAGUUGAGAUGCUAACGCCAAGCAUCCGUCGAAAAUUCGGCCCUCUUCCGCCGCCCUUCGUCCCGGCCCAGACCUGCGCCGCAUCCACGACUAGAACCAACCCUCGGCUGUCUGCAAUUGCGACGCAUUUUACAUUGCUAUAUCUCCCUCACUCAAGCGCCUCGUCUCAUCUCGGUCCUGCGCCUCCUCGCGUUGGCCGGUAUAACGGCCACGUCCGGUCUUCCCACCCGCUUUUUGCCGCAUCUCCCCGACAUCCUCCAUUGACGGUACCGCAAAGAUGAACUCGAACUUCGUCACUGCCCUGACAAGGGCUUUGCCUAAUGUUGGCCGCUCGUGUCAGCUUCGUGCCCCAGCCUUCCGUCUGACUAGGCCGUUCUCCUCGACCCCGAUGAUUCUCGAGAGUGGAAAGGAGAAGACCCGUCAAAUUGAAAGGCAGAUUCUGAACACCCCUGCAGAGCAACAACCGGCCUCGGAGAAUGCGUCGAUUUCUGCGAUCACUAAGAUGAUGCAGGGUGAUAAGGCUCGCCCGGCCCAGGGCUUGAGUCGCGACUACUCCAGAAUGGCCGAGAGCCUGGAAGCCGAGAUGAUUAGACAGCCUUAUGCCGACCGGUCUCCUCCCUACCACCUCCACGUCUACUGCCACAAGCACAACACUUUGUUGACGCUGACCCGGCCAAACGGAGACCCCAUGAUGGCCCUGAGCUGCGGUCACCUUGGUUUCCGUAAAGGAAAGCGUGCGGGUUACGAACCGGCCCAUCAAUUGACUGCCCACGUGUUCGCCCAAAUACAGGAGAGAGGACUGUUGAUGGAGAUCAAACGCUUGGAGAUUAUUUUCCGCGACUUCGGACCCGGCCGUGAGGCUUUCACCAAGGUUUUGCUGGGCAACGAAGGAAAGAACAUCCGCGGCUUGGUUUGCCGGGUGACAGACGCAACCAGACUGAAGUUUGGUGGUUCGAGAAGCCCCAGGGUCCGUCGUCUUGGUUAAGAGGGCCUACUUGGAUCGUUGUUUGCUUUUGACGGAGGGAUGUGUGUUGCUAGAACGUCUGGGACAAGAACAAGGGCACGUUUUUUACGAUACCUGAUGGGAUGGGAUGGAUCGGCGAUAGCCCGCAAUGGGUCCUUCUAGCCCAGCCAGAUGGUGACUCUACCCUCCAUCAGCUCAACCUUCUGGUUGUUGUAU